AUGAAGAUAUGGUCUGGCUUGCAUAUACUCUGGCAGCAGAAACCCACCGGUGCCUUCACAGUAACUUCCGUCCUUGAUCAAGCCAUUAUCCCUGCCCUCAUCAACACAGCACUCUGUACCAACGCGCCGGAGGAUCAGAGGCAAGAUUCUCUUCUGGACUGUUAUAAUCUCGUUGCUGCAUCCUGGGACUCCAUGGGUCGCCCAGAUAUAGCGACUGGUCUUGCAAUCCCGCUGGUUCGACUUGCGCGUUUGAUAGCCAGCGCAGGUGCUGUACUACCGAAAUGGCUGACCACGAAUCCGCGCGCAAACAGAUUGAUUUGGCGCGCGAAUGCCUGCUUACCUAUCGGAGAAGACGACAUAUCGUGGCGCUACAUCAUCGAAGCCUCUCAGCAAACCGAGUCGCCUUACUUUCCGUUGCUGCACCUCUACACCGUGCUCAUCAGCCAGAGUAUCGCACAUUAUCCUGCGCCACAGCCGUACCCUACCAAACGCCAUGAGCUUACGGACUUAGUGGUUGAGCGCUGUUGUACGAGGAUCGGUGGUGGUGGAGCUGCUUGGAAGGGCAAGCCGGGUGAUGAACUCAAGGAUAUUUUGGUAGGAGUAUACGACGAACUACGAAGGUAUCAAUUAGAAAAGGGCAAGAUCAGUCUUCGAGGUCACGACAGAGAGGAUGCGAUUGUCAAAGGCAUAUGGGCACUCGCUAGCUGGGGCGGUGGACGAGGUAACACGCGCUGA